UUCUCCUUUCAUUGUUCAUUCAUUCAAUCGAAUCCAAUCGCAUCGAAUCCGAGGAUUCAUCCAACGAUCAAUACAGAUUCUUUUUUUUUCUUCACUUUUUCAAAACCAUGUCUCUUCUUACAGAUCUCAUCAACCUUGAUCUCUCAGACACCACCCAGAAAAUCAUCGCUGAAUACAUAUGGAUUGGUGGUUCUGGUUUGGACGUGAGGAGCAAAGCAAGGACUCUUCCUGGACCAGUUACUGACCCUUCACAGCUCCCCAAGUGGAACUUUGAUGGUUCCAGCACAGAACAAGCUCCUGGAAAAGAUAGUGAAGUUAUUUUAUACCCACAGGCCAUUUUUAAGGAUCCAUUCAGAAGGGGUAACCAUAUCUUGGUUAUGUGUGAUGUAUACACUCCUGCUGGAGAACCACUUCCCAGUAACAAACGACACGCAGCUGCCAAGAUUUUCAGCCAUCCUGAUGUUGUUGCUGAGGAAACAUGGUAUGGUAUUGAACAAGAAUACACCUUGUUGCAGAAAGACAUCAAUUGGCCUCUUGGUUGGCCAGCUGGUGGUUAUCCUGGACCUCAGGGACCAUACUAUUGUGGUAUUGGUGCUGACAAGGCUUUUGGCCGUGACAUUGUUGAUGCUCAUUACAAAGCCUGUCUUUUUGCCGGCAUCAACAUCAGUGGAAUCAAUGGAGAAGUCAUGCCUGGUCAGUGGGAAUUCCAAGUUGGUCCAUCAGUUGGUAUCUCUGCUGGGGACGAGAUUUGGGUUGCUCGUUACAUUUUGGAGAGGAUCACUGAGGUUGCUGAUGUGGUUCUUACCUUUGACCCUAAACCAAUUAAGGGUGAUUGGAAUGGUGCUGGUGCUCACACAAACUACAGCACCAAGUCUAUGAGAGAAGAAGGUGGAUAUGAAAUCAUCAAGAAAGCAAUCGAGAAGCUUGGGAAGAGGCACGCCGAGCACAUCGCUGCUUACGGAGAAGGCAACGAGCGUCGUUUGACAGGAAAACACGAAACAGCUGACAUUAAUACCUUCUCAUGGGGUGUUGCGAACCGCGGAGCUUCCGUUAGAGUCGGAAGGGACACAGAGAAAGAAGGGAAGGGUUAUUUUGAGGACAGGAGGCCAGCAUCUAACAUGGACCCAUAUGUUGUCACUGCCAUGAUUGCAGAGACUACCAUCCUCUCGAAACCAUAAGCUGCUACCAGUUCUACCACAAAAAAUUAUACCACAUUGUAUUGCAACAUUUGAGAGUCAUUGUUUGUUCCUCGUUGGAAUUUGGUUAUUGGUUUUUCUAGGACAUGCUUUGUGUUCUUGUUAUGGUUUGCUUCAUGUAUUUCAUUCUCUUGUUUUACUUUAAGUGUCACAAUAAUAAUGUAAUGGUUAUCAGUAAAAUAAUUAUUGUUGAUUAUGAUUAUUAAUAAAAAUGUACUACUAGUAUGAAUUGAAAA